UGGGAAGGAUGCAGGCGGCAGCUCCGAGGUAAUUAUUAAUGGCCGUGCCCACCGGGGCGGGGGGGGGGGGUGCGCGAGGUGAGAUAAAAUGGGGCGGCGGGGCGCUGGGAGCUGCCGUCGCGGAGCCCCGCCGGGAGCAUGGCCCUCGCCGCGUCGCUGCUGCCACCGCCGCCGCUGCUGCUGCUGCUGCUGCUGCUGUUGGGGCGGCCGGGGCUGGGGGCGCCGGGACAGGGUGCAGGCACCUGGUCCCGCUUCGCCCGGCUGCCCUACCCGCAGGACCAGCUCUUCCUCCACGACACCUUCCCCGACGGUUUCCUCUGGGGCGCGGGCAGCGCCGCCUACCAGACGGAGGGCGGCUGGCGCCAGGGCGGCAAGGGCCCGUCCGUCUGGGACACCUUCGCCCACCGCCCGGCCACGCCGCCGGGGGCCGCCCCGCCGGGGCCCGUGGGCGGCGACGUGGCCAGCGACAGCUACAACAACCUGUUCCGCGACGUCGAGGGGCUGCGGCGCCUGGGGGUCUCGCACUACCGCUUCUCGCUGUCCUGGGCCCGGCUGCUGCCCAACGGGACGGCGCCGCCCAACCCCGCCGGACUGGCGCACUACGGGCGGCUGCUGGCCCGCCUGCGGGAGCUGGGCGUCGAGCCCGUGGUCACCCUCUACCACUGGGACCUGCCGCAGGCCCUGCAGGACGCCUUCGGCGGCUGGGCCAGCCCCGUCCUGCCCCGGCUCUUCCGCGACUACGCCGAGCUGUGCUUCCGGCACUUCGGCGGGCAGGUGCGCUACUGGCUGACCAUGGACAACCCUUACGUGGUGGCCUGGCACGGCUACGGCACGGGGCGGCUGCCGCCCGGCGUGCGGGGGGGCCCGCGCCUGGGCUACCUGGCGGCGCACCACCUGCUGCAGGCCCAUGCUAAGGUCUGGCAUCUCUACAAUGACCAUUUCCGUCCAGCUCAAAGAGGAAAAGUGUCCAUUGCCCUUAGCUCCCACUGGAUAAAACCCCAGCGUAUGACUGAGAAGAACAUAAAAGAAUGCCAAAAAUCCCUUGAUUUCGUGCUUGGCUGGUUUGCUAAGCCCAUAUUUAUUGAUGGUGACUAUCCAGAGAGCAUGAGGAGCAACCUCUCAUCUCUGUUGCCUGAAUUCAGUGAGGCUGAGAAGAAGUAUAUCAAGGGAACAGCAGACUUUUUUGCACUUUCUUUUGGAGCUACUCUGAGUUUCCAGCUUUUGGACUCCCACAUGAAAUUCCAGCAGUUGGAAUCAAUAAGCCUGAGACAGCUCCUUUACUGGAUAAACAGUGAAUAUAACAAACCCCAAAUAUUCAUUGUGGAGAACAGCUGGUUUGUUUCUGGUACCACCAAGAAAGAUGACGCUAAAUAUAUUUACUAUCUCAAGAAGUUCAUUAUGGAAACUUUAAAAGCUAUCCGGUACGACGGAGUUAACGUGUUUGGCUACACAGUCUGGUCCCUCCUGGAUGGCUUUGAGUGGCAUAGGGGCUACAGCAUUCGACGUGGACUGUUUUAUGUUGAUUUUCAAAGCCAUGACAAGAAGUUGAUGCCCAAAUCUUCUGUCUUGUUCUAUCAAAAGCUGAUAGAAAAAAAUGGCUUCCCACCUUUGCCUGAAAACCAGCCCAUAGAAGGUAUUUUUCCCUGCGGCUUUGCUUGGGGAAUUGUUGACAACUACAUCCAGGUAGACACGACUCCUGCCCAGUUCCUUGACUCCAGUGUUUAUGUGUGGGAUGUUCACCAGACAAAGAAGCUCAUUAAAGUGGAUGGACUUCACGCGCCGAAGCGCAAGCGUCACUGUGUUGACUUUGCUGCUAUCAGGCUCCAGAUCUCUCUUCUGCAAGAAAUGCAUGUCACACACUUCCAUUUUUCACUGAAAUGGUCUUUAAUCCUUCCUUUAGGUAACCUUUCUCUAAUCAACCACACACUUGUACAUUACUAUCAGUGUUUUGCUAGUGAACUUCUCAGAGUUAACAUAACUCCUGUUGUUGCUUUAUGGCAACCUAUGAUUGAGAAUCAAGAGCUUCCAGUUUCUCUUGCCAAAUAUGGAGCUUGGGAAAACACAGAAACUGUUCAUGCUUUUGUUGAGUAUGCCAGAUUCUGCUUUACAAGUCUGGGGGACCAUGUUAAAUUUUGGAUCACCAUGAAUGAACCGCCUGUGAAAAACCUGACAUACACAGCAGGGCACAACCUAUUGAAAGCCCAUGCAAAAGUCUGGCAUCUUUAUGACAAAGAAUUCAGGACAUCUCAGAAGGGCAAAAUAUCUAUAGCUUUGCAAGCUGACUGGGUAGAACCAGCUUGUCCCUUUUCCAGGAAUGACCAAGAAGUUGCUGACAGAAUUUUAGAGUUCGACAUUGGUUGGCUUGCAGAGCCCAUCUUUGGGAAUGGAGACUACCCAGAGGUGAUGAGAGCGUGGCUUCACCGAAUAAACGGUGCUGACCUGUAUAAUUUCCACUUGCCUUACUUCUCAGAAGACGAAAAGAAGUUAAUACAGGGGUCAUUUGAUUUUUUUGCCUUGAGUCACUACACCACUACCCUGGUGGGCUCAGAGAAAGAAGAUGCAGUAAAAUAUGACCACUACCUUGAAGUUCAAAUGAUCAAUGACAUCACAUGGCUUCACUCUCCCAGCAGAGCUGCAGUAGUGCCCUGGGGACUGCGUAAGUUGCUCAACUGGGUGAAAUCAAAGUAUGGCAAUGUCCCAAUUUAUGUUAUGGCUAAUGGGAUUGACGAUGACCAGAAUAUGGUGCACGAUAAGCUCAGAGUGUAUUACAUACAGACUUACAUCAAUGAAGCUUUAAAAGCUUACACCUUGGAUGGCGUUAACCUUCAAGGAUAUUUUGUCUAUUCUUUUAAUGACAAGACUGCUCCUAAGUAUGGUCUCUACAGCUACAUUGCAAAUCAAUAUGAACCAAAGCCUUCUCUGAAACAUUACAGAGAAAUAAUUGGCAAUAAUGGUUUUCCUGGUCCUGAGACUCCUGAGUUGCUGUGUCCAGAAGAGGUUGCCUUGUGUCCCGAGUGCCGCUUCUUCCGAACGAGAAAAUCGUUACUAGCCUUUAUCUCUUUCAUAUUUGUUGCUUUCAUUGUUACUAUAUUCUUCAUUACUUAUUACUCCAAGAGGGUAGAAAGAAGAUAUAAAUAGAACUUCUCCUUUGAAUACAUCACUCAUUGUCCUUUUUCUCGCAUCCCCUUGGGAAACCUGAAAUAAGAAUGUACAAUGCUGUGAUUGCUUCAGCAUUAGGAGGGCAUUUAUAUUGCCUGAUACUGCAGGAUAUUGACACUGAGAAGCUAUUGCUUGCAUAUGGCUCCCAGAAAUCAUUUUCUCUGUUAUAAUACCUUUGGUUUAUAGCCAGUCCUUGAUUCCUGUGGUUGGAGUUGUCCCGCAACUUUCCCUGGGACCUUUUGUUGAGCAGAUGCUUUCCCUUUCUUGGAUUUGCAUCGCUGAACUGGACAGGUGAAAGUAGGUUUUGAAAAUGUGGUAUGAUGGAAGAGCCUAAAUGUCAAAUUCUCCAAGACUGGGGUGAAACAAGAGUUGUUGUUGCCAAUUUAGGGUUUAACAUUGGUGUUUCAUAACCAGAGAUAGAACCUAACUGGAGCAGGGAUCAUGACUGAGAAGAAAGAUGGAGGAAAAUUGCAGAAUGCAGUGCCAGGGGAAGGAUUAACCCCUUUCCUAAAGCAGAUGCAGGAGGAAGAACAGAGGGAAAUGAGUCUGUGCUGCUGGGAGCCCUUGGUAAAUCCGUUAACUAGUACUGAGACUACAUCUGCCUUCAGGAUGCCAUUGAGGAACUUCAGUUAAAGGAACUGUGUCUUUCUCAGGGGGGUAAGAAGCAGGGAAAUAUCCAGGGAUUGCAGGGGUUAGGCCAUAUACUGGGAAGAGAUGGGAAGGGUGAACGGGCUUCCCUUUGAUUUGCUCAGAAAAAAAAAGGCAAAGAGCAGGAACUGGGAUGUCUUCACUGUCUCAGUUGGCAGAAAGGCGCAUGCCUGACCUUGUGCCCUCUUGCCCUGUACCCAGGGACCUGGCAGAGCUGGGACACCCCAUUUCUGCACUUCUCACAGCCAGCUGAAUUCAGCUGCCACUGCUGCUGCCCGGCUACUUACCUGCUGGAAACUUGUGGUAACUUAGCAGGGAUGGUCUUUGUGUGCUCUUUGUGUUGAGUGCAGAGACUUUAAAAGCCAGCAUUUUGGUGUAAUGGUGCAGCACUUCUGUCGUGGUUGGGGGGGGAGGUGAAUUCCUCCAGGGGGAUGUGGGCAGUCCAAUCAGUGAUCAGCUUUUCUGCUGGCACCUGGGUUGGUCACUCAAAGGUUUGGACACGCCUCUGAGGACACAAAGAGUUAAAAGCAGGAGUCUGAGGGGCUCGGCCUCUUUUCGGAUCCGGGUUUUCAGCAGAGAGACGUCUCCAGUCUCCUUCCCCCCCCCGCCUGGCCACGAGGCUGGGUGGGGGAGGGGAAACACGUGGUCGGGCUCAGGUAAGCCGGAGCCCCCCCCGGGGCGGGGGAGAAGAGAAGGGACAGGACUGGAACUGAGCUACUCCGUCCAGGAUGGAGGGGUAGAAAACUGUGGAAGUGCCUGCUGUGUGUGCUCACCCCCCUCCUUCCCCCCAAACUCCGGGAGAAGGUGCUCAGCCACGUGGGGGGUUGCCGAGCCUGGUCUGCAGCACCCUGCCGAGAAGAAACUGUUAACCCUUGCUUGGCAGAAAAAAACUUUUCUUAGACAUUGAUUCUCAUGACUAGUAGUUUUCGGAGAGAGGGAAGCGGCCUGGGACCGAGAUGAUAAAGCAUGAUUAGAAAGAAUUCGAUAGAAGAAUGAGAAGAGUAGCCUUGGAGCUAGACUUUUCUUGCAUAAUGUCAACCAUGGACUGAACUUGAGUCUCUUUUGAACAUAAACUGCAUUUUUAGGUAGAUGCAGCUGCCCCUUGCUUUUGCUACAGUGACUGGCACUUGAAGAAUUGGAGCGAGCAGAGAAAAGAGGGGGAGGGUGAGGUAGCACCCUCUGCCCUCAGGGCAGACCUGCUCCUGGAACCCCGGCCCCUGGGUGAAAAGGGGGAGAGCUUGGCAUGCAGCAUCCUUAAAAAGCCCUGUAUGUAGUUUUGGCCUAUGAGACAGCAGUGAGAGCGCUAAACAUAGGAAAAAGAGAGUGUCACCUUAGCAGACUUCUCCGGGCGGUGCUAUGGGUGACAUAGAAACACAUAAGGGGUGGACCCGUGUUUUCUAAGGAACAGUCUGUAGUGCGAGAGAGACUCCUCUCUCCCUUGCUGAAUUGAAGAUUAGUUUGUUUUUGAGUAGUGAUUGUUUGAUCUAAAACCCAGGGGUUGGUUUGUGAAAAGUGAUGGGUGGGGAGGUAGAAACUGAGAGAAAAAAAUGUUCUAAGAAGUUUUCAUUUCUGUCUCUGUGUGUGUUUAAGAGUAUUUCUGUCCCUGUUCUUAUGUAAUUAAUAAAGUUUUGGUAGGUUUUUUUUUUGUUUUCAAGAUUUAAGCCUGCUCUGCUCUGUUCCUGAUCACAUCCCACAAGAGUUGUUAGAGAAAAAACAUAUAUUCAUGAGUGCACUAACAUCUGGCCAGUGUUAACCCAUGACAACUUCAUUGCUGCCAGGGUCUGAGACUGUGGAGCUGCUGGGCCAAACCUGUCACAGGUUGGCUGGAGGUUCUCCUUUGAGCAACUGGAACUGGCAGCAUUUCAUCCCAGAGUAUUACUGGAUGUCUGAGGGCCUCUUGUUUUUCCCUCAACAAGAUAAAAUAGCAAAAUGUUAGCACCAUUGUUUAUUAGUAGAGAGAAUGGGAAAAAACCCUGUGUUGUUUUGCCUGCCUUGUGAAUUGCUGCAUUCAGAGGGUCCUCAAUAUAAAGCAGUACGGUCAUUUUUCUCUGCUCUGUAACUCUAGACCUGCAUUGUCUUCAGCUGUAAUUGUGUUUUUAUUGUUAUGUGAACAAUGUCACUCACUGGAAAGAACAUUUGAAAAGAAAUGUGCUCUGUGUUAAUCAAGAAUUAUUUCUCUACUAAAGCUGAUUAUGCUGUAUUAAAUGUGAUGUUUAUCUACUAGAUUACUAGAAGAUGACUAAAUAACCUCCUAGGGUUCCUUUCAACCUGAACACUCUAUGGUUCUAUACUGUAAAUUAAGACUUACAUAUGAAAUAUUAUUUUAAUUUGCAAUUUAAGAUUAUAUUUUUUCUUAAAUAAGGUAUAGGGAAAAAAAUAGUAUCUUCUCAUAAUGAUUAAUAUAUUUUUCCUCCAGUUCCAGUCUUUAAAUGGUCUCUCUUUGCAAGUAUGUAUAUUUUGGUUUUCAGAUUAAGGUGCACAUCUCAGGCUAAGUGAUAAAGUAUUAAAAAUAUGUAUAAAAUUAUUUAUAGACUGAUAGGACUUGCUGUAGAGGAGAACAUUUCAAACUGCUGUGUAUUUAUGCGUUGGUGCCUGGUGCACUGAGGAUUAUGAAGAAAUAUCCCUGCCUGAGUGUGUGAAAUGUGGAAUGGCUUUUCCGUGGCACGGCAGUGAAUCACUGUGCGAUACGUUACGCCGGCUGCCGGGUGCCUUUGCAGUACGUAACAAAAAGUGACAGUCAUGUAGCACAAGCUGUACCCAGGCCAUGCCCAGCGUGUGCAUUUUGUGUGUGUGGGGGGUGUGUAUUUUGCUGUUGGUCAGACAUUGGAGCCUGAUGCUUCUGAGCAGCCAGGGUUGUACCUGCCUCCCCUGGGUUUGAGGGGGCUCAGGGGGCCCGGGCAGGGCAAAUCCAGAGGAGCACAGAUGCCAUGGGCCCAGUGCUGAUGGACACUGGCCUGACCCGAUGCUUCACGAGCAGUUCCCAUCCAUUCAGCUGUUGCUGGGAGCUGUGGAAUGGCCCAGGUGCAGCACAGUGUGGGAAACAGCAGUCCCAGCAGAGAGGAGACACGACAGGCUCUUCCCAUAGAGCUGGAUGAUAUGUGACCACCGACAGGCAGAUGGCACCAGCUGGACAGCUAAUUUGUAGGUAAACUGGGAUUUGUUGCUGUGUGAUCGUAUCCACUCAUGGAGCCAUGACCCAUGGAACUAACACAGCCUUUGGCGUAGCUGCUUUCAGAAGAGGUUUUAAAUAUCACUGCAGAACACAGCUGGUUUGAGCAGGGCACAGGGGUUGCCAAAGCCUUCUCCCAGGCAUGCUGCCUGUGGUGCUGCCUGGGCCAGUGAAUUGCACAAUGAUGGGCUGUUCUGAUGGAGAUAAUGGUAUGGUUUUGCCUCUGGAAUCUGCCUUAUUUUAUGUAGUCAGGGGACUGUGCAAGUUUCCUGUCAAUUGUCUUGAAAAAAAAAUCACUCUUCACCAGCAGAAAAGAAGCCCUUGAAUAGGCAAAGAUUGGGUACCUGUCCAAGGUGUGCUUAUGCAAAAUGGUGUGGAAAUCACCUCCUUUGAUCCUCCUGUGGGGAACUUGCUGUCCUUGAUGUCCAAAUGAGAGCAGUGAUCUGGCACUCCCGACCCCAUGUAUGCAUCCUGAGCAGGAAUGCAGGCAGCAGCAAGGACUUUGGGCAGAGAGGGCUCCCUACUCAGGCUGCAAAGACAGCUUGAUGGUGGCUGGUGCUUUAUUUUCUGAAGAGCAACAAGGCUCGGCAUGUUCAGCUUGCAGUUUUUUAGGUAGACUGCUUUCUUGAUUUUUAACUGUGUUUAUAGGAUAAAAUGUUGUCGGUUUACUCAGUGCUCCAGAUUAAAUAUUGUAUCUGUUCAAAAUAUUUUUGUGGCAUGUGUGCAAAGCUUCUGGUUUAUUUCUUGAAAAGAUUGUGCAGAGUGACUGUGGGAGGGUUGUCUUUGCUAAAUGACAGGAUGAAUGUUACAUUGUUUUUAUAACAAUCACAGAAAUGAAAUAAAGAUACUGAAUGUAGCAAAAUGUAA